AUGUUGUCGAUCCAAACCUAUCCCACCGGCACAGGGCACGAUCCGAGAAACGCACGCUACCUAGAUGGCCUCUUGGCCCUCGUGGCAGAGAACAAAGGCUUUGAUAUGCCCGGUGCAGAGUCUCUCAAAGUUCCAGUUCAGUCUAGUUGGAAUGGUGAGCGACUGCUUAGUAAGAUACCAAGCGAGCUAGCCCGUGACGUUCUUGGUAACAUCUUGUGUGGUCGCUGCGAAUGGUACAAGGUUGUGGAAGCUGUUGCGCAACGAAUUCGAGACAUUCCUUCCCACUCGUUCCUCUUACUUGGCGGUUAUGACUGCGUCCCAGUCGAGCCCUUCCAUCAGUUGUCACUGAAGAUUACCAAGAUUGAUCUGGUUCAGACCCUUAGGGAGCUGGAACAGAAGCGAGCGGAGCUGGCCAGUUAUAGUGACGAUACAGUUGUCAUUGUGGGUGCUGCCUGUCGGCUUCCCGGUGCGAGUAAUCUGGACGAGCUUUGGAAUGUGCUGGAGAGUGGUGUUUCCAAGUGCGAGGAAGUUCGCCCGGAUCGUAUUCCUAUAAAUAACAGCUACAGGACAACGCUCGAUCCAAAGUGGUUCGCAAAUUUUGUAAACGGCGUGGAUCAGUUUGAUAACGAACUGUUUGGUAUAAGUUAUUCCGAGGCAGCCUGGAUCGACCCUCAGCAGCGAAUCCUUCUGGAACUCCCGUACGAGGCAUUGGAUUCACAUGGCCAUUUUGGCCACCGCUCCUACAGUAGGGAAGCAGGCGAGAACGUUGCUUGUUUCAUUGGUGGCACGCUUUUUGAAUACAAUGAGCACACUUCGACCCAGGCACCGACUUCGUAUUCUGCAAUAGGCACCAUGCAAGCGUUUCAGUGCGGCCGAAUCAGUCAUCACUUUGGUUGGUACGGCCCGUCUGAGACUAUAGAUACGGCCUGCUCCAGCUCCCUGGUUGCGAUCAGUCGAGCAGUGUCGGCUGUCAGGUCCGGUGAAAGCUCCAUGGCGGUGGCCGGCAGUGCCAACAUUCUUGGAGGUUUGAACUAUUACUUGGACCUCGGCAAGGCCUGUUUUCUGAGUCCCACGGGACAAUGCAAAGCAUUCGAUGCCACAGUAGAGGGCUACUGCCGAGCCGACGGGGCCGGCGUCAUUGUGCUAAAACGUUUGAAAGAUGCAGUUGCCAGUGGUGACGAAAUCCUAGCAGUUAUACCCGCAGUUGGGACGAACCAAGGUGGCCUUUCCAAGUCCAUCACCCUUCCUGAUUGCAAGGCGCAACAGCAGCUUUACCGGCGGGUGGUAAACUCGGCUGGGCUGCAGCCUAAAGACAUUUCAUACGUCGAGUGUCACGGAAUAGGCACACAAGCGGGGGACCCCAACGAGAUCAAUGGCCUUCGAGCCUUAUUUGGCGACGGCGAUCGGGAGAAGAAGCUUUUUAUCGGGUCCGUCAAGGGCAACAUUAGCCACGUUAAGGCAGCUGCGGGUGUAUCGGGUUUAAUAAAGGUGCUGGCCAUAUUGCGGCAAUACAAAAUCCCACCCCAAGCCAGUCUCCAAAACGUCAACCCUAAAAUAGGAGAUUUGGAGCCCUUCAAAAUGGCCAUACCUUCCGGAGCAGUGCAGCUUUAG